CCCCCCCGUCCACCCUUCCCAGAUACCUUCUCGAUGCAGGCCUUUUGUAGGAAUUGAAGUAGCGAAUGUCUCACUCUUCCGGCGCUGCCCGGCGCACCCUCGGUAUCUGUCUGCUGCUUAUCGUGGUGGUGCUCUGGACCGCUUCAAACUUUCUAGCCAGUGAUAUCUUUGCCGAUGAUACCUACUCAAAACCGUUCUUUGUGACUUACGUCAAUACCGCCGUUUUCAUUUUCCCGUUAUUCACAAUCAUCCUGGGUCGGCUCUGGAAGUCAUGGCGUCUACACGGGCUCUCGCAGAUGACCUCGUGGAGGAGUUUACUGGCACAGCUGGACGACGCCCAUGACCCGAUACGAGAGGAUGGAGAGGAAGCGAUGCUUCACGCUUCGAGUUUUGACGACGGAUACAGAGGUGAUGCCCAUGAUGAGCCAGCGUCGAUCAUCCACGACAAACAGGCCGGGCAGUCAAAGCUGGGGUUGAAAGCAACGGCGAGGCUGAGCUUUGAAUUUUGUAUGCUAUGGUUUCUCGCGAAUUACUUUGCAAUGGCCUGUUUGCAGUUCACGACGGUUGGAAGCACUACAAUUCUCACAUCAACCAGUGGUGUCUGGACUCUAAUCUUUGGGGCUUUCCUCGGCGUUGAGAAAUUCACGAUCCGCAAAUGCCUGGGCGUGGUGGCAUCCCUGUUUGGAAUCAUCCUGAUCUCCCGUGUCGAUAUGUCUAGCUCUGACAGCCCCUCUGCCGACGACGGGGGCAGGGGAUCUUUCCCACACAAGACGCCCGCAGAACUCAUCUUGGGUGACGCGAUGGCCGCAUUCAGCGCCAUCAUGUACGGGAUCUACACGAUCGUCAUGAAGAAGCAGGUCGGCGACGAGUCCCGUGUCAACAUGCAACUCUUCUUCGGCCUGGUUGGCCUCUUCAACCUCGUCCUCCUAUGGCCUGGCUUCGUCAUUUUACACCUGACAGGCAUCGAGCGCUUCUCUCUCCCCGAUUCAGGCCGGAUAUGGAUCAUCAUUUUGAUAAACGCGGCAGCCUCUCUAUUCUCCGACAUCUGUUGGGCCUACGCCAUGCUCCUGACCACCCCGCUCGUCGUCACGGUGGGCCUCAGCCUGACCAUCCCCUUAUCUCUCGUAGGCCAGAUCUUCAUUCAAUCCGAAUACGCAACGCCGCUGUACUGGUUCGGCGCGGCCAUUGUCUUCCUGUCCUUCAUGGUCGUCAAUCAUGAAAGUCACACGGACGAAGACGACGCUUCUCGUCUCCGGGAUGGCUAUGAGGUUAUCGGAGAUGGAGCGGUGGCAGGGGACGAUACACAUCGUGAUUAGCACAAUUGUAUAGACUAGAAUUGCUGGAUUCCAUAUAGAUGAGGAAUAUAUUAACUAGUAGCCUAUUUAUAUUAUGAGUCUCAUGUACAUGGAGAAAA